AUGGAAUACUUUUCGCGUAAUUUCUCAAUCGACACAGAAGCAGUGAAUGAGGCCUUUAUUCCGCCGGAAGAGCAUGACGAGGACAGCGGGGGCAUUACCCGUGACGAACAAGCGCGGAAAUGUCAAAGAAAUCCAUGGAAUAAGCAUUCGCAGUCGAGAAAGAAGUACUUAAUGUAUUCGGCAUUUAUUGUCCUUCUCCUGUGUCUUGUGCUGCUUGGCGUUGUCGUAAGACUGUCGAUGCUGGCUUUCCAGAGCUCAGGGUGUGAAAAGACGUCGUGCACGAACGUAUCGGGCCUACCUGAUGCCGUUUAUUUUGAGCCUUUCCUAGUUACAGCGCAGGAGCUGAAAAGGAUCCAGAAAACCAGCGUCGAGGUGCCUUCUCGACGUGGAUAUCACCUCGCCAAGCUAGCUGAUAAAAUCCGUCAACAUGUCCACAACGACCACUAUCAGCGGACAGAUGAAGGGAAAUCGGUUUCAGUUAUAGACCAUGUCGACCACUGUAUCGAUAUUGUCCGCCAGGCGCUCAUGUGCCAGGCAGACACAACUCUCAUCACAUUUAACGAUGACGGGGCACUCGCGCCCGUGAAGCCUGAUUUCGAGGCCACGCAUGCAUGCCAGAAUUUUGACAAAGUCCAUGAUUGGGCGAGGGAGAGGGAAUUCAAUAUGACAGAGGAAGCGAUACGAAAUCCUAAACCUUUUAGGGAUGAUUUGAUUGAUGCGAUUAACAGAGAACUCGGGGAACGACGCAGUGGUUGA